UCUGUUAUUUCUUGCUUGAAUUUCCUUUUCUCUGAAUAGUUUGUUAACAUUUACGCUGUUGCUAACAAGCUAAAACCUCCGUUUGCUGUUGGGUUCACUCCAGGUUCAGAGGAGCGUUUACAAUCAGACUGAGGGGAAUGAACCUCUUGGUCCAGUUGUUUCCAUGACUGAGAGGAGAAAUGUUCUGCAGAAGAUGGCGAUGGCUCAGACAGGUGUGGAACACUCACUCCCCGCUGAGCUCAGACCAGGAGAGGAACUCCGUGAGGAGGACAUGUGUGUGUGUGCGCCUGUCUAUGUCUAUCAACUGUUAAAGGACGUCAGCAGCAGCUGUGACUGGCGGCGCGACCACACACUCACCAACGGCUGACACACAUGGAGGCUCACACGCAACUGGUCUUUGAGGCUGCACGGUUCCUCUGAACGUUUGGAUUCAUCAAAGGAUUUUUUUGCUUCAAAGAAGUGGUGGAGACAAAUCUCUUUUGAUCAUCUGGGUCCAGGUUUCCUCUGGAUACCCCGGCGUUUGACUCAUGAGUCAAGCUGAGCUGUAAAAGAGGAUUGCACCGCUCGGUCUUGUGGACGCACCGGCUCAUGGCAGCUGCACAAGUCCAGCGUCUAAACUUCAAUCUGCUUUUUGAUCUCAUUUCUUUUCAUGGAUGACUCACGCUGAGUAGUUCUUUUUUUCCCAGUUUUGCGAUGCUGAAGAAUCUGCAGUGCGUCUGCCUCGACCCUGCCCCUUUCAGGUCUCAGCCAAUCAGACGCAACAUGGAGGAAAGAGCCAUCCGGUUUGAGUUAGAGCGCCAGGCCUGCCAGAGUCUCAGGAAAGUUUUGCAGCUUAAACUGCAACAAAGAAGAACCAGAGAAGAACUGGCAACCCAGGGGAUGAUGCCACCGCUUAAAAGUUCAGCUGCCUUCCACAAGCAGACGGGGAGCUUGGAGCGUGCAUGGACUGAUGAAGAUCUCAAAAGGAAAAUUAAGAGCAAGUCUGAACUCGACCGGAGACAAAUCUUGGAGGAGACUUCAGCAGAGCCUUCAUUUCCGGCCAUGCAGCUGAAGCGAGCUCGUCUCACCGACGAUCUAAGUGAGAAGGCGACUCGCCGGCCGAGGCCGAUGGAACUGAUCCACAGAAACAUCAUACCUGUUCAGCCCAGAACCAAACAGGCCUCCGCGGAUUUCCCAAAGUCCUCCAGGGAGAGCUCUUCAGGCGAUGAGCACAGCAAUGACAGUUUGUCUCCAGGACAGGCGGUAAGCCAGGAGUGUCCUCUGAGCUCAGGGCUUGUCCAUUCUCCAACAGAGGACCUGUCACGCAGCAGCAUCCCAUCUCCGACUCAGAUGCCUCCAUCAGGUCUUCAUUUUCCACCAAUUUGUGGUUCAUUCAACUCUGUGAAAAUGGCCAGCAGAGCGUUGGACUCAUCAAGUCUCAUGGGAGGUUCUAACGCUCACAUCAAGGUUAAACUGAACUCCGACCGCCUCUGUCAGAAAAACAAGAAAACCAAAGACAACAAGCCAAAGAUCAAGAAAUUGAAGUACCAUCAGUAUAUUCCUCCUGACCGAAAGGGAGAUAAAGAGUCCCCUCCUCAUCUGGACUCGUCGUACGCCAAGAUCCUCCAGCAGCAGCAGCUCUACCUGCAACUACAAAUCCUCAGUCAGCAGCAGAACCACAACUACCACACCAUUCUGCCUGCACCGCCCACCAGAGAUCAGAAGCAGUCAUCCUCUUCAAGUACAACAUCCUCCUCUUCACCGCAAUCUACAGCCCCCCCCUCUACCGACCUCCCCCACCAGCAGAGCCACAUCUGUCUGAGUUCGUUAGCUGAGAUCAAAGCAGUGUCAGCAAAUCCAAAUCUGGAUGAUAUGAAGGUCACAGAGCUGAGGUCUGAGCUGAAACUCCGCAGCCUGCCCAUCUCAGGCACUAAGAAUAACCUCAUCGAGAGGCUGAGGAGCUACCAGGAACAGAACCAAGGCUGUGACUUUACCUCCUCUCCAACAGCAGAGGGUACCAAAGGGCUGGAGCUCGAGGAUGCUCCGGAAUCCAGCAAAACUGCUGCGACCGCCGGUGACCGUUCGUCACAGGAACUGCAGUUUCAACAGCUUGAAACGUCCUCUUUUAGCGCUGAUGCAGGAAAAGGAGUCAGUCCUGCUUCCAGCCCAGAGCAGCUCAUGAGACGUGGAGACCACAUCAACCCCCUCCCCCCUCCUUUAAACUCGCCUUCGUCAAAGAGCCCCAAAUAUAUCAGCCUGAACAGCGACCCGCUGGGACAACUGAGUUGCUCUCCCACUGAGUUCAACCUUCAGCCGUCUUCGGUGGCUCGACGUCCUGCCAACAUUAAGAAAGAGCCCCCUUGUAGCACCAGAACACCUUGUCAGUUCUCCUUAAAGUCUGUGUCUCUGCAGAAACACCGCUUGCCUGCGUCCCCUGCGACUUCGGCCGCAGCCCCUCUGGUGACGGCAGACAAAGACAGAAUGCUGCAGGAGAAGGACAAGCAGAUUGCAGAGCUCACCAGGAUGCUGAAGCAGAAGCAGAAGCUGGUGGAGGUGCUGAGGAUGCAGCUGGAGCUUGAAAGCAGAGGAGCCCCGGAGCCUCGGGUUUUUCUAAAAGUUAAAGAAGAACCUCCGGAUAACUCCUGUGCCUCUCCUCAAAUUUCCCCUGAGCUGGAUUCCACCAGGAUAACCAUCAAGCAGGAAGCCGUCGAGGUGGAUAUAGGUGGAGCAUCUGUGGGACCUCCUCGCCGUCCUCCAUCUCCACCUGCAGCUGAAAAGAUAAAGGACUGGGUGCAUCUGUCACUACGGCCUGACCAGAGAAUCCCACAGAAAAAGCCGCCUGCUCUGCAGUUAGCUCAGCAGCAGCAGGCGAUUCACAGGUGCGUUCACGGGACCCAACAGAAGCCGAAAAACCCUCAAAAACUGCAAAUGAGACAAAGAGAGCAGCAGAAGCAGCAACACUCGGAACAUCUGCAGCCGAGGCCGCCGAAGCAACAAGACAAACCAAAGCAGCAGAGGUCUCUGCUUCAGAGGCAGUUUAAGGAGAAACAAACCAAGCAGCUGCAGGAAAUACAAAUGCAUGGGAAGCAGCAGAAGUGUCCAAAGAACCUGAACCUGCAGAACAACUCCACCCCCGACGGGAAACAUUUCCUAAUUCCACCAAACGGCCACAUUAACACAGACCAAAGCAGAAACGAUGGCAGGAGAGCGGCCAAGAGCAUCCCACUGCAGGCUCAGAAAGGAGCAGCUCAGGCUUCCGUACAUCAACCAGAACAGGAGGGAUGUUCGGGAGCUCCUUCCAGUCUGCAGCCUUUCUUUACAGACCAGGACCCCGCUUUGAGGAGGAGAAACCCCGCCACACCCGCCUUUCAAAUUGAUUUGUGCGGUGAUCUAGAUGUCCUGUUGAGUCCGGUGUCUCCUGCUUCUGUUAAGACAGCAUCUUCUCUGCUUGAUGACAAUGAUCAAGAGAAGGAAGGUGAUAUCAUUGACAUCAUUUUGCAGGCUGGAGAAAUGUCCUUCAGACCUGCCCCAGACCCCUCUCUGGACUCUCUACAUCCAGCUUCCUUCUCCUCCCUCUCUCCUGCCCCGCCCAUCCGUCUUAGCCCUGACCCCUCCAAGCCCGGCGCCUCUCUCCAGCCUGAGCUACAGGAGGAGAAACUACACCUCUCGACGAGUGGACGCCUGGAGGACUUCCUGGAAAGCACAACCGGAAAGCCUCUGCUGGGGGUGGAGCCAGGGGGGGUUAUCACUCUGAUCGAUGACCUUCACAGCCAGCUGCUGUGCACCCCCAGCAUUCUGGACCAUCCUCCGUCUCCCAUGGAUACCCUUGAUGCUGUGGGAGGAUGGGGGUUUGACAACAAAGACUGGCUGGAUUUUAGCACGGGGGGAGACCGGGAUGAAGACACGCCCACCUUGGCCCCGUUGGGUCCUCCAACGCCUGUCAGUGUCUUUUCCACGGACUUCCUGGAUAGUUCCGACCUGCACUUGCACUGGGAUUCCUGUCUAUAGCAUGACUGUGUUGAUGGAGCCCAACUCAACGACUGCGAUUCCCAGCACCAUUGACAGCUUCUGGACCCGGCCCCAGCAGUCUGACGUCUCUGCGCUGCUGCACUAAUGACUUCUUCAUGUAUUAUCAGGCAGUUUUUUUCUUCAAAAAACUGAGUUUUAGCUCCAGUGUUGUUCUUUGAAUUAGCGUAACUCUUCAAUGAUUAACAACAAACGCAGUCUCACUAAUUCAAACACACAUAAAAGAAGCUGUGUACUGAAUAUGGAACACUUCACAGUAAUGACAUGUUUACGCAAUUGCUGUAAACCAGCAGAUUUUGGGAACAGACAUGGAAAAAACAGCUUUUCCUCAAAUAAGAAUCAGUUGGAGUUACGUUAAUUGCAUUAAUGGUCAAAGAGUUAUGUUAGUUCAAAGAGCGUGGCAUUUCGUGUUGCCAGAGACAGUUUUGGUAAUCAAGGGUUUACCUGAAUGACAGGCUUUAUCAAAUGUAUCUCUGAGGUCAGAGUUAUGGCCAUGACAAAAAAAUCUCUGUUGACAUCACUUUUCCCAAAUUAUAAUAAUACUUUUUUGGACGUAACAAGCGUUUGCCUAUCAGUUGAAACCCUACAGACUUUCUUAGAUACAGCCGAGUCCUGCCUGAUGACCGGGACCUACUUGAGCUUUUUCUGAGCCUUUAUAAACAACUCUAAGACAAUCAUAGAAUUGGUCUUUUGCUACGGAUUUGCGUUCAAGAACAUGCAAUAUGCUGGUUCUUGAUUGCACUUUUAGUCCAGUGGACUGUCACUACCCGAUACUAGUGUGUGUACUCACAGUUGGAAGAGGCUUGGUCCAAUGCUGCGAUUCACACCAGACGCAAUCCGCACAGCAGGAGCGUCGAGUUUUAAUGCUAAGUCAAUCUACAGACACCAUCUUAGGUCUUGUGGCUCGAUUUGGGCGUUGAGCCAUGCGUCAACCAAUCAGGGACUCACCUUUGGGCUCGUCAUGUUUCCAGUGACUCGAUCAGCGGGUGGAAAAACAAAUCCAAUAUGGCCGCUCGAUGCAAAGAUUUUUGUUCUGAACUUCCAUCCACUUUCUUAAACCCCUUAGGCCGCAGGGUUGCAACAGACUGUCCCGGUUACUGUUGGGUGAAGGGAGGUCUGUUGGGUGCUGUUGUAACGGGCGGGACUGCUCCAGCUCCAUGGGCUUAUGAUGAUUUUCUUAUUUUCAUCACAAGAAUAAUAAAAAGAUCCUAAAGUUGUAUUUUUAUUUUUCAUCUCUUGGGUUAAUGUUCAAAUUGGACCACAAACAGAAGGGAGUAACAGUUAAAACAGCCAUAAGGCGCAGCUCCCUCUGCAAGAGUGAAGUACACCACACCGGGAGAGACUCAAUGAUCUGGUGAACCCAGACAUAAUGACAUGCUUUGCUGGCCCUUCUGUAGAGCUCUCCAAAACAUAUAAACUCAAGCUACUCGCUCAACAUCAUCCAUGUUUUCCAUGAUGUGGCAACGAAUAAAGUCCAGAUAAACUUUGGCGGUUGCUCUGCAGCCGGGAUGUCAAGGUGUUAGGGCAGGCGUCGAGCAGUAAAUUUGACGUACGUCAAAGGAGAAGCGGCAGAUGCGAAUUUGAUGUCUGGUGUGAAUAAAGCAUAAGUGGUCCAAAUCCAGACUUUCUUUCACAGCUUUAUUCCGAUAUAUAAAAUAAUUAGUUUAGUAGAUCUCAUAUCACCACAAAUAUUUAAUUUGUCCUUCAUGAUCAAUUUUCCAUCGGUUGGCACUUCCUUUAAUUAAAAUGGACGCCAUCUAUACACCACGACCAAAUCCAAGUCCCCGAUUGGUCAAAGUUCUACUUAAACCUAAUGUGUGUUCAAUGGUUGCAGAUUUUGUUUGUAGAUGCCAGACAAGGACUUAAAAACAUGCACAGUGAUGCGUAAAUGCGAGAGUUUUGAACAUGGAAGCCUGAAACACACAUUUACACACAUUAACAUGGACUUCUCAUUGAAAGUGGUAGCUUGAACACACCUUGCUUAGGCUGGUGGGAAUGUAGCAUUCAACAUGACCGCUGUCUUCUUCUGCCGGAGACUUCUCAGAAACAUGUCAAAAAUGUCUGAUCUUGGAAGCUAAGCAGCUGAUUGGCUGCAGGAACUGCCAGGUGCUAUCAGUUACUGCAAACACACAGAGGCGCUUUCCAGUUUUUCCAUGCGCCUGUCCCAAGUCCAGGUAAAUAUAUCGGGUUGGUCAGGAAGCCAUCUGGUCAGGGAUGCUGUAGAUGUUGACCUUGGACACGAGGACUUCUUGUCCAAUUGUUGGGACCUAACAGAGCUUUUCACGAGCCUUCAUAGAUUUUGUUAAAAAUAUAUAUGACCCAUUUUCCUGAGAUGAGAAAGUUGUUUGGUGACAUCUGAGACCUAAAACUACGCUUUCUAACACAUGGCAGAGAUUUUCUCUGAAAGGUGACUUCCGUUUUGCUAGACGAUUUUUCUGACAAAAGUCAUCCAGGGACAUGACACCUGUGUGUCAUUCAGCUGCAACACAACUUUUUUUUCAAACAUCCUUAAAUUAAUGGCAUAUGGGACUUUGUUGUUUGUAAAAACACUUUGUAAAAGGACAAGAGUGUUUGUCUGAUUAGAAUUCAGACUCAAAGUUGAAUAAAAAACAGUGCUUUAAGCCCAGAGCCGGAUUCUGUGAAGGUUUUGACACCAAAAGUAUUUCAACUUUAUGGGCCUGAUUUACUUACAUGUGUUACUUUGUUUACAUGUGUAAAAAAAUAUGUGUAAACUUGACAUCAGGUGAUAAAUGGGUUGCUUCAAAUGGGAAAAAUAGAAAGUGCAAUAAACUUGCCUUUGCACUUGCAAUAAGGGUGUUUGUGGCACAAUGUGCUUAAACGUGACACAAGUUUUUAUUCUUUUGUCUCUGAACUUCCUAGGUUGGAAGGCAGGUACAAACUAGCAUGACUUGACACUACAAACACACACAAAUGGUUGUAGUUGCUGCUUGAAAGAGGAGACAACAGAGGACGAAGAAGCCCAUCUUUUCUGUUUCAGGGGGUUAGGGUUAGCAUCCAACCCUACAAUGUUCCUGGCCGACCUUUCGUGUCUAGUUUCCCCUUUUUGCCAAUGUCAAAUGUUAACCUUGGAUGUUUCUUUCAUGCAAACUCUAUUCAACCUCAUUGCAUUGAUUUAAGGUGAGCAAUUGUCAAUGAACAGUAUGUUCUCUUUUAAAAACAGUCUAUCUUCCAUCAGUAGCCCUGACGUUAAAUUAAAAAAAUCUGCGGUUGUCAGAAACUGGUUAUUGUUUGCCUCGCAGACAGAAUGGUGAUAGUUAACCAGGAUCCAUUUGCAAUAUAUGGUACCGUAUUUUUCGGCCUCAAAAUGUUGGCAACAAGCCAAGAUGAACAUUUCAGAUUUCAAUGGAAUGGAAGUGAAGCUGUAUACAGUAUUACCAAGAAGCGUAUAGAUAAGGAUCACUGGAAAACCACGGUUACUACAAAUGAAUGGACACUAUUUGGUGCCACAUCUUUAAAAGACUAACUUUUGAUCUAUUUUCAAAGUGUUCCCAGUCGUCUUUUACAUAGAGUUAUGCCAUUUUAGCCAAAUGCAAAAAAUCUGUCUUUAUUUAGGUCAUAGUUUCUGCAGUAGCUGCAAUAGUUCAUUAGAUAUUCAACUUUGAGUUGUGGGUGGGACUUUUGGUACGAACCCACCCCACCUCCGCUUUCCCUCCCCGUUGCCGAGAGCUCUCCGUUUACGUCAGCUCUUGCUAGCUUACAACCCCUCAAACCCCUAAACUCACAUUAACAGAACAACAAAAAUGGCGACCAAUAUUAGAGCUAUCCAGCCGUACAGUUUUGAGCCAGAUACCAAAACAAAGACGUUCAUGGAUUUGCUUGUCUGCAAGUGGAUGGAUCAGAAUGGAGCGGAGCAGGAAGCUUGUGACCCGCCCAUCGUAUUCUUUAUCCCACAAAUGUGCACUAAAUUUUUUCAUCUACUGUUGAUUCACAACGAUUAGAAUAAAGAAUACUCAAAAAUGUAUAUUGGAGCUUAUUUUUGCUUUGAAGUCAUCAUCACAACAAGUUAAAAACACAAAAACAAGAUUUUUUUAAUCAAAAUGGGUCUUUAAAUCUGGCAUUUAUUGGAAAUGGGCAUCAGUAAGACAUGGACCACUACUUGAAGAGAUAUAGUACUGCUUUUGCAACACAAAUUUUAGUAAAUCACCAACAAAUCUUUACUAAAUCGCAGGACGGGAUUUUGCGGUCUCUAUUUUGGAUCUUAGUAAAUCAGUCGGUAUGUCUUAAGAACUGUAACGGUGCAUGUCAUAAUGCUGCCUCUGUGUUUAAUGAUAAAGCACAUUUCAAGUUAUUAAGAUUCACUGACAUCAAAAUACAAGACUGCCAUAUUGUGCCUUCAUUUAUGAGCAAACUAAGCUUGAGUUGAGAAACAAAAAAAGAGCAAAAAUCUUUCAUGCUCAACUGAACGAUUAAAUAAACAUGUUGUAUGGCUUUUUAGAAAUGUAACAAAAAAAUGAAGGCAAAAAAAUGUGUAUGUGAUUAUGUUGUGUGAAUGCACUGCAAGCCUUCUUAAAUGGUCUUACUUGAUCUGGUGCUAACAGUCGUCCGUGUUUAGACUGAAUCUUGUCUGCACUCAACGGAAAAUUCCUGCUGUGUGGAAAAAAAAAGUGUGAUUUGGUUUGAUGAAGCAAACCACGUUUUUGAAAACUUGUCAUUUUUGUGAGUGCCUCGUACUGUAUCAGUACUUCUGAAAACUAA